AAAUUAUCGUCCACUAGAAUGUCGCCAUAAAGUAUUAGUAAAAAUUUUCAUUUCCUUCCUUGAAAUUGCAAAAAUUCAUGCAAUGUGUGUCUAUGGGUCAUUAAUGACCAGCUACUUUACCCACCCCCUGCUGAUAGCGUAAUGGUGGGGGGCGCAAAGAGGGGGUAAGUGUAGCAGGUAUUGGAGGGAUUAAAGGUACAUUAAGAUCAUUCCUCGAUGAUGAUUGGCUACGGGAUCGUGUCUGCAGAAUGCUUUAAAUUUAUGCUCCCCAAAAUAUUUGGACAUUUCCCUGUCAGUGCUUGACAUAGUCACAACUCCAAUUGUCAGUCUUAUCUGAACAUUUGAAGAACUAGCCAGAAUUUUUGUCAACGACAAAUAUGUCGAGUCGUCUGGAAAUAGCUACGAAACAGGCGAACGAGGAGAGGAAACGGAAACUGACGGACGCGGCACAGGAGGAACGUUUGGCGAUCAGAUAUUUUUUAAAGAGGACCAAGAAGAUGCCUGAGUCCUAUGCCCCGUCUGACAAAGUUGACGGAUAUGAAAGUCUGUAUCAACCUCCUAGGCAACGUAACGUGGAAAAGGUCAAAAAGAAUCUGGACAUUUCUGCCUACAAAUUACGGAGGACCGAGACUUUUGCUUAUCUCAACCUAGCUCCAGUAUCCAAGGUUCCCCCAAAAUCCGCGAGUGAUACGAGAAAGAAGGAAAAAUCCGAGGAUGACAAGAAUUUUUUGGAGCCCAAAAUCAUCGAGUGCAGCUACUGCGUGAAAAUAUUCUUCAACAAAAUUGCGUACCGGAGGCAUGCCCUCAAACACGUUAAGUAUUAUCGUUGUGGCAAAUGUAACCGACAUUUUCGCAAUUGGAUGACACAUAAACGACAUGAAAUCGAGUGUGUAAAACACUGGAAAAUUUAGACUGGAAAAUUUAGUGUAUAUUUGUAUAUUUUGUAAUAAUAGCUUUCAUUUAUCCCGUAAAAAUAUGUCCCAGUA